AUGAGGUGGAUUUUAUUCUAUAAAUUACUCUUAUUUUUUAUUAUAUGUAUUUCUUUUUCCGAAUCAGCAAGAAUUCAUGUUUCAAAACAAAAAAAGAAUAAAGAUGUUAAAACAACACCAGCACCAAUAGAAGAAAAUAAUACUGUUGAUGAAAUUGAAGAACUUAUUGAUAAUAUUGAAAUUCAUACAACAAAUGAUACAAUUUUAGAUAACAUAAGUUUUACACAUGAUGAAGAAACUGAGAAUCAAGCAACUCAAGAACUUUGUACUCGUGUUCAUAAUAAUACAGCAUUUGCUGGAGUUGUCCCAUAUUCAACUAAAACUGUAAGAAAUGCAUUUGAAUGUCAAAAAACGUGUGUUGAAGAAUUUCCACUUUGUGUUGCUGUUGUCUUUUACUUCGUACAUAGUAAGAAAAAUGAACACUUAUGUUAUUACUUUGAUAAAAAUAGUGUUGAUGAUCAAGUAACAUUAAUGGCUGAGGCACCAAAACAUGAAAAAGAUAUUAUUCGUGCAUUAGAAAUUGUUGUAAAUUGCCAUCAAUUUGAUCCUGUUCCUCCACCAAGUGAUGAAAUUAUUUCAUCUUCUGAUAAAGUACCAAGAAGUAAACGUCAACAGGGAUUUGAUGCUCCUAUUAAAAGUGAUGAAAAUUGGUCAAAUUGGUCAUCAUGUAGAAAUUCAAAUACUCAAGUUCGUUCUCAAGUUUGUGAAUAUGGUAGAAAUAUACAAAGACGUGGUUGUCCAGCACGUGAAUAUCAAGCUGCUCAACAGGAAUAUGUUUCAGUUGCUCAACGUGCUGCACCAACUGCUGCUUAUCGUGUUCCAGAACCAGUUCAAGCACAAUAUCCACCAACACCAUAUAAUCAUCAAGAUUAUUAUCGUGCUCAUCCAACUCAUGCACCAAUAGAACCAUCUGAAGAAGAACGUCAAAAAGCAAUAGAAUAUGAAAGAAGAAGGCAACAAUAUGAAGAACAAUUAAGAGCUUACAAUUUACAACAACUUGAAUUUCAACGUGCUUUACAACAACGACAACAACAACAACCACAACAAGAAUAUCCACAACAACAAUAUCCACAACAAUCAUCUGUAGAUAUUGAAAAACAUCCAGCUAUUCCAUCUGCUGAUCCAUGUCCUGGUGAUGCUUGUGUACAACCAAGUUAUGCUGUUCCAGUACCAACACGUCCACCACCACCACCACAACCACCAUGUCUUUCACAAGCAUGUAUUCCUGAAAUGUCAGGACAUAUAGGAAGUUGGAGUGAAUGGUCUGAGUAUGGAGCAUGUUCAUGUACAUGUGGAUAUGGUAUUCAACAACGUAAAAGACUUUGUUCCUCAACAUAUUGUAUUGGUGGAAGUGAUGUAGAAACUGCUGAAUGUAAUCUUGGUGAAUGUCCUGGUGAAUGGUCAUUAUGGAGUGAUUGGUCAGCACCAUCAGCUACAUGUGGUCAUGCUAUUUCUACAAGAACAAGAACCUGUUUAGGAGGAAAUAAUUGUCCAGGAAGAGGUUCUGAAGAAAAAUAUGUUGAUUUAGGUGUCUGUCAAUAUUAUAGUCAAUGGUCUUCAUUUGGUGAAUGUAGUGUUACAUGUGGUGAUAAUGGUAUUAAAAGAAGAUUUAGAUCAUGUAUUGGUGGUACUGAUUGUGAUGGUCCAGCAGAAGAAGCUCUUGCUUGUUCUGGAGAACCUUGUGCAAGUUGGCAACAAUGGUCUGAAUGGAGUGCUUGUUAUCCAGAUUGUGGAAGUUGUAGAAAAACACGUACACGUGAAUGUACUCUUUAUAAUGGUGCUCCUUCAGAAGAUUGUCUUGGACCAAAUGAAGAAGUAACUGUUGAUUUUAUUCGUAGUUGUUGUGAAUGGGAACCAUGGUGUCCAUUUAGUUCAUGUUCCAAUGGUCAAAGAACUCGUUCUAGAGUUUGUAUACGUCCAGGUGUUGGUUUCGAUGAUACCUGUUCAUGCCCAGGUAAUGAUACUGAAGUUGAAGCAUGUGAAGAAGAAAGAAGACUUUAUUGUUCAUGGACACAAUGGUGUGCUUUUGUUAAUCUUGAUAUUCCAAGACCAUGUGAACCUACAGUUAGACAAAGAACAAGACAAUGUGUUGGUGAUAUUGGAUGUAGUUGUGAAGGAAGAGCUAUUGAACGUGAAACUGUUGAAGGAUUAAUUCCAUGUACUACUCCAAAACCAGUAAUUCCAUGUUAA